GUCUGACCCUGUCGCUCUUUUCUCGUCCAGAACAUGAUUCGAUAUCUACUGUUGUCGCUGACACUGCCGAUUUCCCUACGCUCCCCGGAGCUCUGCGCUAUCUGCCACCAUGGGCGACGAUAAGUUCGAAUAUGAACCAUACGAUCCCCUCCCCAUCCCGACCUACGAAGAAGCUGUCUCCCAUCCAAAUUCCUCCAGAUCUCAUAUCGAUUUGGCAGAUGUAAGCAGCAGUGAUGCGGAGAGACAGGGCCUACUCCGCGAGGGGGAUCCCAGUGGCACCGCACGCCCUACCCCCCGUCACCACCAUGGAUAUCAACCUCCCACCGUCGAGUCCGCCCGUACAAGUCUGGAUUCUCUCGCAUCAUCGCCUGCAAAUUCGGAAAGAGGGUCACUGGAGAAUCUACGGCAGGAGAUCGACCGGAUGGACGUAGAGGAUGGUCCGCAACCAUCGGAACAUUCGCGCCUCGGGGGCCGAUUCUCGAAACAAUUCAAUAGCCUCACCCGGACUCUCUCCUCCAUCCGCUUUCCCCUUCGGAAAUAUCUGCCCAAUUUCAGAUUCAGAUUCACCAUCGACCUAGAUGGCACCCGAACACAUAUCCGGAAUAAUGGAUGCAUGAUCAUGCUGCGUCUUACGGCCGUCAUCCUCGUUCUCACCAUCGUCUAUAUAUUCUUCGUAUCCGACAUCUUUUCUAUCAGCAACCGUGCUUCCGGCGGUCAAUCCUACAGCGCAGCAUCUGUUGAGAAUUUCAUACAGGGCCAUAUUAAUGAAUCCAAGAUUGCCGAGAAUUUGGAGAGGUUGACCAAAUUUCCACAUGUAGCCGGAACUGAAGGGAGUUACGUACUGGCCGAGUGGAUGCAGGAGGAAUUCAAGAGUGCCGGCCUGGACCACGUUCAGAUGGAAAAGUUUGAGGUAUAUCUGAAUUAUCCCAGACCGGAUGGGAGACGGGUUGCCAUUGUCGAUCCACCAGCUUUGGCUUGGGAAGCUACCCUUGAGGAGGAUGAUGAGCAAGUUCCAGUCUUCCACGGGCAUUCUAAAGCUGGCAAUGUUACUGGGCCUCUGGUCUACGCAAACUAUGGGUCGCGAGAUGAUUUCAAACUUCUAGCGGAUAGAGGCAUCUCACUGAAUGGGUCUAUAGUGCUGGUUCGUUAUUACGGAACUGAGACCGAUAGGGCGCUCAAAAUCAAAGCUGCGGAGCUAGCUGGUGCGGCGGGCUGUAUUAUUUACUCCGAUCCCGCAGAAGAUGGUUUCCUUCAGGGUCCCGCCUAUCCGAAAGGUCGUUACAUGCCUGCGGAUGGGGUGCAAAGAGGUGGAGUGAGCUUGAUGUCUUGGGUUGUGGGAGAUGUUCUGUCACCUGGAUUCGCCUCAACUCCGGAAGAGAAAAGGAGACUAAAGCCGGAAGAUAGCGCUGGCUUGAACAGCAUUCCGAGUCUUCCCAUCGCCUGGCGCGAUGCCCAAAAACUCUUACAGGCUCUCAAGGGCCAUGGUUCGACUGUGCCCCCGGAAUGGGUUGGUGGUGUCCCAGACGUGGAUGGAUGGUGGACCGGAGAUACAACUUCACCCCGUGUGAACCUUGCCAAUAUACAAGAUGAGGUGGAAAGACAACCCAUAUACAACGUUCUGGGCCAGAUUACCGGACUGGAACAGCCCGAGAAGAAGAUCAUUGUCGGUAACCAUCGGGAUUCAUGGUGUUUAGGAGGCGCCGAUCCGGGCAGCGGUACUGCAGUCUUUCUCGAAGUCAUUCGAGUUUUCGGUGAACUGCUUACCUACGGCUGGCGCCCGCUUCGCACCAUAGAGUUCGCUAGCUGGGACGGAGAGGAAUACAACCUCAUUGGCUCCACGGAACAUGUCGAAAAUGACCUUGAUGCGCUCCGAUCGGAUGCGUACGCUUAUCUCAACGUUGAUGUCGGCGUAAGCGGUACGGAAUUUGAAGUGGCGGCUUCUCCGCUUUUCGAGCGCAUUGUCGUGCAAAUACUGGGCCGUGUUUCCGAUCCGGUAGCAAAUCAGACUCUCAAGGAUAUUUGGCAAAGUAAGGGAAAGAAACUGGCCGGCCUUGGCGCUGGCAGUGACUAUGUUGCCUUCCAGGACAUUGCGGGAACCUCCAGCAUCGACUUUGGAUUUGGCGGUUCACCUUACCCAUACCACAGCUGCCACGAGAAUUUCGACUGGAUGGUCAAAUUUGGGGACCCCGGCUUUCAAUUUCACAGGAUGCUGGGCGAGUUCUGGGGUUUACUUCUUGUCGGACUGGCAGACACUCCAAUUUUACCUUUUGACUUGGAAUCUUAUGCCAACUACCUAUCAAACUAUGUUGCCGAUUUGGAAACUUACGCGAAGACAAAGAAUGUCCCCGUCGUCCAUGAGCCGUCUUCCGCGGACAGUGUGAAUAUUCAGCCGCUGUUCGAUGCAGCAGCGCAAUUCAAGGACGCCGCAGAGCAGUUCUCUUCCUUUGACAAGCUAUGGCACGACGCUGUAUGGAACGCCGGUGGAUUCGAGAAUAAUAUUAUGGGCGUCCAGCGGAUAACCCAUAACAAUCGCAUAGCCGAGUUUGAGACAAAUCUUUUAGACCUCAGAGAAGGCGGAGGCGUUCCCAAUCGUACCCAGUUCAAACAUGUCAUUUUCGGCCCCCAAACCUGGUCGGGCUAUGACGAAGCUUUUUUCCCUGCCAUUCGGGACUCCAUUGAUUCUGGCAACUGGACUCAAACGCAAGAAUGGGUUGACCGGGUUGCCGACAUUCUCAAUGACGCCGUUAGCAAGUUAUAAUAUACCUGAUAAGCUUGGCUCUCUCAUCCGAGGCGAUCGUCCUGCCUUUGUUCAUCAUCUCCAUCAUCUCUUCCCUUAUCAUCUCCUUACCAGUGCCAGUGGUAUAUAGGCCAAGCAUCCAUUUUAGUGUUUUCGAUUUUGUCUGUUGGUUAUUCUUCUUGGGAGCCAUAGCCUGUCAUAUACGUCUAAUUGACGUUCUUUUUCUUUUUUUUUUUUUUUUUUUUUUGUCGUGGAUCAUUUCAUCUGCAUCAAUAAAUGUCACCGUUCAUUUGUCUGAGUUACCAGGUACAUCACCGGAUAUAGUACUGAUACUACGCUAUGUAUCUCGUCGUUUGUUCCUUUUUCUUUUUUUUCUUUAUUUCUCUUCAAUGGACGCUGGCUGUACAUGCCAUUCCAGAUCCGUCAGGAACUUCCUUUUGUUGUUUCGCUUUUUAUCCUCCAUAGAGUACAUGCGCAUCCUUUAUCUAUGACUAUAAUCAACCUCCUGCAACCAGUAUCAUAUAUUGGUCUGAGGUAAUUGUAGUAACAAGCCAGAAGAUAUGUCAUGGGUGAGGGACCUCUCUUGUUUAUCACACGUUCCCUUAAUUAAGGGAGCCUCUCAGUAUCUUUCAAUGACUUCCUUUCCUUUCUUCUGUGGCCCAAUUCUCUGCCAUCUAGUUUCAGAUCAGACCAGAUAGCAAAGAUGAUCAGAUCAAUUUAUAAACGCUGCUCUCGAAUUAUCCCUGAUCAAUUAGAAAGAAAAGAAAAGAAGCUGCUCACAACCGCAUCUACCGCACCUCACAUCAUUUCUGUGA